GCAACCAUACGGAUGCUGCAGUGACAAGUGAGAAGUUUUUUUUUUUUCAACUUGGACGGAGCCUACCGCAAGUCGUGUUUGUUGUAACCGACUAGAUUCCACCAAGCACCAACAUGUCUGUCUUUGGGACAGCGACACUCAACGCUUGGUUGAUUGGCGUUGUCUGUGGCUUCGUUGCCCAUCACGGGAUCUUCACAAAGGGCGAAUGGCAUGUACACGCACCUCGAAUUAUCGUGGGUCAUGUCUGGGUCUUUUUAACCCCAACGCUGGCAAGCUGGAUCACCAACGGACGUGGAGUCGGCAUAGUUUGCAACGCGCUGGCCUGGAUGACUUGCGGUUAUCUUCCAGGACUGUUGCUCAGUAUCAUCAUCUAUCGUAUCUUCUUCCAUCGCCUCACGAAGGCUGCCUUCCCUGGGCCAUGGUAUGCACGCAUCACUAAGCUAUGGCAUGUCUGGGCAUGCCGGGAUUCCAGAAAUCAUAUAGUGCUCGACAAGCUGCACAGAAAGUAUGGCGACUUCGUGCGAACGGGUCCCAGCGAGCUCACAAUUUUCCGGCCAGAGAUUUUCUUAGCAACGGAUGGCCCUCAUUCCGAAUGCAUGAAGUCAGAUUGGUAUGACAUUUUAGUACCGAAUCUAGCACUUGUUACAGCAAGAGAUAGAGAGACACAUGCAGUCCGCCGACGGCAAUGGAAUCGUGCAUUUUCUACCAAAGCUCUGCAGGUCCACGAGCAGAAGAUUAUGUGCCAUCUCAACGAGCUGGACCGGCAUAUCGAGGCCGACGCGAAGGGCAGUUAUGUGUCCAACGCUCGAAACUUAUUUUACUGGUUUGCGUUCGACGCCAUGGGGGAUUUUGUCCUCGGCAAGCCAUUCGGCAUGCAACAGAAUCAGGAGUGGCAUCACAUUAUUUUCCGGCUGCAACGCGCUCUGUCACUUUUGGGCCCCUUGAGUCCAACGCCGUGGCUAAUACACGUGGGCUUCCAGCUAGCUCCUCGGGUAUUUCGGCUUAGAGAUUGGUUUGAUAUGGUCGCUUGGUGUCAGACCCAGAUGGAUGCGCGAAUAAAGGACACAUCGCGUUACCAGGAGCCCGAUAUCACACACUAUAUCAUGAUGGAAGACGUGAAGAACAAGGAGAUAAUCAACAAUGCCCUGGCGUGGUUAAGCGGGGACAGCUUGCAAGCUAUUGUCGCUGGAAGUGGACCGAUUGCAAAUGCAUUGCUGGGGCUUUUCACCGAAGUGGGGAGAAGUCCAACUGCCCAAGAAAAACUGUACCAUGAGCUCAAGGACACCGAUGUCUCUGACAUCAAGGCAUUAGCUAACCUGCCGUUCCUGAACGCCUGUAUCGACGAGACGCUGCGUCUGUACCCUGCCCUCAUGACUGGUGGGACACGCAUGACCACUCAGAAUGGCAUGACCGUCGCGGGGAGAUUCAUACCACCAUAUACCACCAUCGUGGCUCCUCAAUACCUCAUCUCACGGAGGCAAGAUUGUUUCCUAGACCCCCUCAGAUUCGUGCCGGAACGAUGGACAACUCGUCCCGAGAUGGUGCUAAACGCGUCAGCUACCAAGCCCUUCGGGACGGGCCACACAAGCUGUGUUGGACGGCCUCUGGCAAUCGACUCUUUGCGGCUCGUAACAGCACGCUUGAUCAAGAAAUAUAAGUUUAAAUUUGCUCCAGGCGAGGACGGAAGCGGCAUGGAUAAGCAUAUGAAGGACCAGUUCGUGCCGAAUCCAGGCAACUUACAACUCUGUUUCAAGUUGCGAUGA